AUGGAUUUAUUGUCACAAUUGGUUGCCUGCAAACAAUCAUCAAAUGAAACUGAUCAAGAAGAGAUCAAUUUCAGUACUACUACUACUACUACUACUGCUGCUAUUGCUACUAAUAUUAGCUUAAAUAGAAAUGAAGGAUUAAAAAUGAUGGAAUCAGAUGUUAACAAAAUUGCUGUAAACACAAUGAAAUCAAAUGUAGUUUGUAAAAUGGAAGAAGCAAAUUUGGAGAGCAAUGAUUCACCUAAAUUUGGAAUUGUAGAAAGUUUUAUGUUGAAGAUGGCACCAGAUUCAGGUGUUCAAAUUUUUCGUUCAAAAAAAGGUUUCGAAAAAUUGGCAUACGAUGGAUUCCUGUAUAAUUUGGAUAAGCGUCAUCAGAAAUAUGUCUUAUGGCGAUGUGAAAUGAGCAAAAAACCAGGAUAUAAAUGCAGUGGUCGAGUUCGAAUGACCGAAGAUUCUCUCGAGAUGUAUAGUUCACAUUCACAUCCACCAAAUCCACUGAAAGUUGUCGCAGAUAUACUAAAGGCACGACUCUAUGCUGCUGCUGAAGAUCCAACGAAUAGUUCAAAAUUUUUAUAUCAUGAAGCUGUUCAUUUGGCUUCAUUUGCUGGAUCUUCAGGUCUACCAAAACUUGGCUCAAUGCAACGGGUGAUCAGUCGUAAACGUCGUCACACGCAAAAAUUAUUGGAAGAAAGUUUAAAUCCUACUUCAUCAAGUUAUGAUUCGAGUAGUAUUACCUCGACAUCAACCUCAAACGAUGGAAAUUGCUCCAUUAGUGAUCUUUUGCAGACUGCUGAACGAUUGCAGUUCCUUUUCACUCCCUCAGGAGGAUUUAAAGAAAUUGAACCUGAAAGAACUAGAGAUACGAGUGCUGAAUAUUGUACCGAUGAAUGUAGUAAUAUGAAAAAAUCGAAAGCAAAUAUGGAUGAUAGGAAAGUUGAGCUGUUGCCGUUGCAGUCAUUUUUUGCUGAUGCAAGCAUAUCCGACGAAAAAACGGAAUGUUCUUUUAAGCCUUCGAGAAGUAAACGAAUGGAAAUUCAGAUUCAUUUACAACGUGUUGCUCAAGAUAUCGGUAUAUCAGAUCUUACUUCAUUCGAUCUUGCAGAAGCAUUAGAUGAUGCAGAUCCAUUGAAAUUUUUGCGUAAUGAGUUUGCAUAUCCGAAAAUGAGAACUUUACCACAUGUUGAUUUAUUAUUAGUGAACGCUAACGAUGAUGCCAUUUAUAUGUGCGGUAAUUCGUUAGGAUUAAUGCCGAAAGGUACGAAACAUCUUAUGGAUGAACAGUUUGAGAAAUGGGCCAACAUGGGUGUUUUUGGACAUUUGCAAGAACCAUUAGCAUGGGCAAAAAGCGAUCAAUCAAUACUGGACAGUAUUGCCGAAUUGGUUGGAGCUCAACGAACAGAAGUAGCUUUGAUGAAUAGUUUAACUGUUAAUUUGCAUAUUUUGUUGACAGCUUUUUAUAAGCCUACACCGAAACGCCAUAAAAUCUUUAUUGAAUCAAAAGCAUUUCCUUCGGACCAUUAUGCAAUUGAGUCGCAAAUUCGUCUAAAAGGAUUUGCUGUUGAAGAAAGUUUAAUCUGUAUGCAUCCACGGACCGGUGAUGAUUGUAUUCGAAACGAAGAUAUUAUAGCGUUAAUUGAAGAACAAGGUGAUACGAUAGCAAUAAUUUGGUUCAGUGCUAUUCAUUAUUAUACGGGUCAACUGUUUGAUAUAAGGAAAAUAACUAAAUCUGGACAUGAUAAGGGAUGUCUUGUUGGUUGGAAUUUAGCGCAUGCAUUUGCAAAUAUUCCAUUAUCAUUGCAUGAAUGGGAUGUUGAUUUUGCGUGCUGGUGUACCUAUAAGUAUAGUUGUUCUGGUGCCGGAGGUAUUGGUGGCUUUUUUGUGCAUAAACGUUUUGAAACGGAUAAACGUGAAAGGAUGGUUGGUUGGUGGGGUCAUAAGGAAGAGACACGUUUCUUCAUGAAUAAUCAAUUGGAAUUAGAGAAUGGUGCAGCAGGUUAUCGUAUCAGUAAUCCACCGAUGAUGCUUAUGGUUCCAUUAAUUGCUUUUUUAGAUGUGCUUUCGAAAACAACAAUGCAAGAUUUACGAACAAAAUCUUUAUUACUUACCGGUUAUUUAGAAUACCUCAUCAAUCAUUUCCUCAGUCCGUCUUCCUUAAAUCGAAGGACUAAAAAGAUAAUGUGUACAAUCAUGACGCCAUCUGAUCCUGAGCAACGUGGAUGCCAGCUUUCGUUGAAAUUCAAUAUUGACAUAUCACUUGUGUACAGAGAAUUAGUUAAAAGAGGUGUAGUGAUUGAUAAGCGAUAUCCUGAUGUGAUACGUGUAACACCAGUACAUCUGUAUAAUAGUUAUACUGAUGUUCAUCGAUUCAUGCGAGCAUUAUUGGAUUCAUUGAUUGUUGUUGAAGGUGAUUAUGAGAAAUUAUUGUGA